UAAGUGGUCAUGAUAUUGAUGAUUGCAGAUCUGAUGCCCAGUUGCUUGUGCCUUUCAUAUAGAAGGAAAUUUGAGUAAGUUUGUUUAUUGAGUUAUUCCUCUGAGAUGGAGUAUACAAAAUGGGACUGGGAGAACUUCGUCGCGUUCGGAUCAAAAGCAAGUGAUAGCCCCAAGAAGGUGCAAUCAGCGGACUGGAUGAUUAUGGAUGAUGGGGAAAUUUCAUUCAAUUUGUCUGGUGGUAGCGGGAAUAGUGGUGGUUCUGGUUCAGAAGUCCAUGGUUCUUCAGCUGAGUGCUCAAUAUCAGUUUCUACAGAUUCUUUACCAGAGGACAGGAUGAAAAAUCCCAAUUUCAAGUUUGAGGCAUUCGAGGGCCCUGCUGGAGAUUUUAGCAAGAACAUCGUAAGCAUCAGAAAUGAGGUGUCUGGAACUUCACCAUUGGAGACUUCGGUGGGCUCUGCCGAACCGCUGAUUGGUCUGAAACUCGGGAAGCGGAUGUACUUUGAGAACAGCAGCGCCGGGGGCAGCAUCAAGAGUGCAUCCUUUACUGUAGUUCCUAGUUCAUCCAUCUCUAUAACAAAGAAAUCAAAAUCAUCUCCUCCAAAUGGGCUUAUUCCACGCUGUCAAGUCGAAGGCUGUAACAUGGAUCUUUCUGCAGCAAAAGAUUAUCAUCGGAAGCAUAGAGUUUGCAACAGCCAUUCAAAAUGUCCAAAGGUUAUUGUAGGAGGGCUUGAACGUCGGUUUUGUCAACAGUGUAGCAGGUUCCAUGGUGUGUCAGAAUUUGAUGAAAAGAAGCGAAGCUGUCGUAGGAGACUUUCUGAUCACAAUGCACGGCGCCGAAAACCACAACAGGAGACUAUCCAGUUUAAUUCAGGAGGGCUUACCUCACCAUUCUAUGAUGGCAGGGCGAAGAUGAAUUUUUUCUUGAACAAUGCUCCACUUGUACACUCUAGAACGGCUACAAAUUCAGCCAGUGGUAGCACCUGCAGCUCAAAAUUCACACUAACAGAGGUGUUUCCUUUGAAGCCUGAUAAAGCUGGAGGCCUUGAUGGGCAAGUGCACAUGCCAGGAAUUCAGCCUGCACAUACCAUUAGUAUGCAUGAUAACUUACUCAAUGGCUCCACAUCUGAGGUUUUAAAUCCAGGUUCCAAGGGAUCCAUCUUCUCAUCCCAUUUAGAUGCAGCACCGGGGCACCAUUGUGCUCUCUCUCUUCUGUCAAGUAAUUCCUGGGGUUCAUGUGAGCCAGAAUCCAUUAUACUAAACAACCCUAUCAACGAAAGCGGCACCAGCGUGCCUCAGCCUGUAAUGCAUGCAAUCCCAGAAGGCUUGCCCUUCACUUCUGCAGAAUUCUGGCAGACUGCACAGCAGCCGACUCAUCCCAGUGUUCAUGCCUUGCCCCAGAAUGGUACCUUUCAGGAAAUCCAGCUUUUCAAAGCACCAUAUGAAGCGGAUUUUUACUCAAAUGUGCUGAACUGACAGUCCGGAUAUAGUGUAUUCAGUCUAUGAGCAUUAGAACGUUUGAUAUUAAGAUAAAGCAACACUUAUUCUGCUGUCGUUUGCUGGCAACAACUUGAAACAUAUCGUUUUGUGCAGGCCAUAUCAACAAUUUUGAUUGGAGCUGCAAUGUUUUCGAGAAGUAUAGUUUUUGGCCUCGGAUUACAGACCAAGCCGGUUUGGUUAAUAUGUUAGUUACACACCUUGAACUGACUUAAUUGCCUAAUUGUUUUCUUACCAUAACCAAUGAUUUGCUUGCUGUAGAAAUGCUAAAGCAAUCUAUGCAUUGUAGAAACUUGAAUAUAUCAUUUUAUUCUUAUUAUGGAUUCAUGACCGCUGUACCUUUAAAUUUA